CAGCCGCUUCUCUCGUAAUUUGCCGGAAAAGGGCUCUGCUCGCUAUUCAACUCCCACUCGUGAAGAGGCGUGCUCGUCCAGUUUGCCAGAACUCACGUGAUGACCACACAUGCACGUGUGAACCAGGCCGGCCUCUGCCAAGGAGGCGAAGCGUGGUUCUCCGGCGCCGCCUCCGCAGCGGGCGGGCCUGGGCCAAAGGGGGAAGCUGGCGCGGGCGAGGCGUAGCGGGCUUCGGUUCCUGUCCGGCCCGGGAUUGGCCGCAGGAUGGCGGAGUGCGGGAGCUCCGGCGCCCCGACGACGACGACGCCCGGCCGGGCGCGGGCCUUGGGGGAGCUGGGGGGCGGCACGCAGGCCUCGCAGCGCUUGCUGGCCUACAGCGACGCCCUGCUUUCCAUCAUCGCCACGGUCAUGAUCUUGCCUGUGGCCCACACAAAGAUACAUCCAGAUCAGAAAUUUGAUGAAAGCAUUCAGCAGCUGCUCGCCACCAAAAUUGCCGUUUACCUGAUGACAUUUUUAAUAGUGACGGUUGCAUGGGCAGCUCACGUCAGACUUUUUCAAGUGAUUGAACUUAUAGAUGAUGUACUUGCCCUUUUAAAUCUGGCCUGCAUGAUGAUCAUCACCUUUUUGCCAUAUACGUUCUCCUUAAUGGCCUCCUUUCCAGAUGUACCCUUUGGCAUUUUCCUGUUUAGCAGCUGUGCAGUUGUAAUUGGCGCUAUCCAGGCAGUCAUAGUAAUGUAUGGCUUCCACCAUCCUUAUUUACUUAACCAUGAAAUACAGGAGUCUGAAAACCGGGCAUUUUAUAAACAUCACAUACUGAAGAUUAUUCUAAAAGGACCAACACUUUGCUUCUUUGCUGCCAUCUUCUCAUUUUUCUUCAUUCCUUUGUCUUACGGCUUCCUUGGGCUUGUUAUUUUUUUCCCACAUCUCAGCCACCUCACAAAAUGGUUUAAAAGCAAGUUUCUUGGUCAAGAAGAAGAGGUCCCCCUAGAGUCAUUUACUUUUUAUCUCACCGAACCCUUGAGUAAGGAGCGCAUAGAAACAUUCAGUGAUGGAGUUUAUGCGAUUGUAGCAACACUGUUAAUUCUGGAUAUAUGUGAAGAUAAUGUUCCUGAUCGUACAGAGGUUAGAGAGAAAUACCGUGGUCAUCUCAUCAAUGCUUUGAGUGAAUAUGGUCCCAAUCUCCUUGCCUACUUUGGUUCUUUUGUUACUAUUGGCCUUCUUUGGUUUGUUCACCAUUCGCUUUUCCUUCACGUGACGAAAGCAACUCGACUGAUGAGUCUCCUUAAUACUCUUUCGCUGGCAUUUAUUGGAGGUCUACCUCUCGCGUAUCAGCUGACCAGUGAGUUUGCAGAUAAGUCUUCUUACAAUGAAAUAGAAGCCAUCCAGGUUAGCUGUGUCACCAUCUUCUUUGCUAGCAUCUUCCAGUUUGCCAUAUGGACGGCUGCCCUUUUCCACCAAAGGGAGACACUCCAUCCUUUUGCUAGGUACGGGGGCAAAGAACAUGCCUUUAUGUUUGCCAAGCUUGCUCUCUACCCGAGUGUAAGCCUUACGGUCUUCUUCCUAACAUGUAUUGUAAGCGAGCUGAGUACAACUAUUUUCCAUCUCACCCAGAUCAUUGUUCCAUUUGCCUUCCUUCUGUUGCGCAUCUGUGUCAGAAUUGGUUUGGUGGCGCUGAAGUUUGCUGUGUCUCUGUUCAGACCAGAGCACCAUGUCUUAGAAGAAGAAGAAGAAACGGCAUAUUUGUCGCCUGCUGAAACAUUAUCUUAGCUUUCUCUGCACUUUUCUUGGAAAACCCUAAUACUGCUGUGGCCCUUUAUUUUUGAAAUGUAAAUGCUUGCAGCAGAAAGACUUCAGAGAUGCAAAUCCAAGAGAUGAAGAAUCAUCAUCGUCACAACCCUAUUGCCCAUAUGUAAUCUGCAGAUUAAUAUUUUCAGCCCAUUGGGUAUUUGGCUUAAGAUACUAUUUAUUAAAUGAUCAGCCUAUAUUUUUUGAGUGGAAGUAAUUACAGGAGAACAUCAGGACUUUGAAUUCAAUAUUAUGGGAUCAGUUGUCUGUGAGAUGCUGGUACUUAUCACAGGCAGUAAUAAUCCAAUAUCAAUGUACACGUUAGCUCCAUGUCGUUGAGUGUCUGAUGAGAGAGAGGCAUGCAUUUAGUUGUUAGGUAUUCCAAGUGGUGUCCCUAAUGCUGAAUUAACUGUUGCUCCAUGUCGUGUACAGAUGAUGUAUUUGGGGUCUGGUGUUGGGUCAACUGAAAGUGAAGCCAUGAAACAUUGCCAUUGAGAGCAAUUUU